CAUUGACAAUCGAAGCAGAAGUGAGGUUAUGAUGUUGUUGUGACUGAAUUUUAGUCUAAAAAUGUACAAAUAAUUACUAAAAAAUGAUUAAAAAAGUAGCUUUAGGUAUAUCGGGAGGUGUAGAUAGUGCUGUAGCAGCACUUCUUUUAAAAAGAGCAGGUUUCCAUGUAGAAGGAGUAUUUAUGAGAAAUUGGGAUAAUAAUUAUGAAGCCGGUUUUUGUUCUGAUGAAAAAGAUUUCGAAGAUGCAACGUUUGUUUGCCGUAAGCUACAAAUACCUCUACAUAGGGUUUACUUCAUCAAAGAGUACUGGAAUGAAGUUUUUACGGUGUUGUUAAACGAGUAUCAGACGGGACUGACACCGAAUCCCGAUAUACUGUGCAAUAGAUACAUUAAAUUUGAUAGCUUUUUCGAACAUUGCAGGAAUAACUUAGGGGUGGAUGCUAUAGCAACUGGUCACUAUGCUAAUACAUCCUUCGGCCCUUUCCUUGAACAGUAUUCGGAAGAUGAAGGUGUAAGAUUGUUACAGCCAGCUGACAAGCACAAAGAUCAAACUUUUUUCCUAUCACAAGUAAAACAAUUUUCUUUGAGAAGAUGUAUGUUUCCCAUAGCAAAUCUUAUGAAAAGUCAGGUUCGGGAGAUAGCUAAAGCUGAAGGUCUAAUUAAUGUGGCUAAUAAAAAGGAUAGUACUGGGAUUUGUUUCAUUGGGAAAAAGAGAUUUCAGGACUUUAUUGAAGAGUACAUUGAAACCAAGAAAGGUUCCUUCAUAGAUAUAGACACGGGACAAGUAGUAGGGCAGCAUGGAGGACUACACAAAUGGACUGUUGGACAAAGAUGCUGUCUAGCUGAUCACAAAGAUGCUUACUUUGUGUUAAAGAAAGAUUUAGAGACAAACAAUAUUUAUGUGGUACCUGGCACAAAACAUCCGGCUAUAUGGAACAAUUUGUGCUUCACUGGAGAACCUCAUUGGAUCCAUAGUGAACCCCUAGAAUUACAAGACAAUAAUAUCUUUAACUGUUACUUUCGGUUUCAACAUACAAAGCCAUUGGUUUCCUGUAGAAUUGUGAAGAAUGCAGAAGGGCUUACUAUAUUGCUAGGAAGUAAUUUGAGAGCUAUCACAGAGGGUCAGUUUGGUGUAUUGUACAAAGACGGCGAAUGUCUUGGUAGUGCAAAAAUAAAAAACAUAUGCCAUAAUUUAAUUAAUUUUAAAUAAUUCUUGUUUUGGUGUGCUGAUUGUGCUGUUAUUAUUCCUACCCAAGUAGGUAAAUAGUUAAUAAAUUGUUAAUUUAGUCAUAGUUAAAUUAAAUUUGUUGUUGAACAAU